GUGUACAGUACCAUUGCACUAAUGCUGAUCAGUUAAGGAGCAUGGCUGCCGGUAAAAUUCCUGACACGGUCAAGGCCGCCAUUAAAUGGCUCUCACAAGUACCUCACAGGCUGCCAACAGGGGCCACUAUAGGAGAGGUGCUCAGCGGCGAAGAGCUGUCGGUGCUUAGCAAGCGACUUGCGGAGGUCAACAGCUGUUUGGAACCGUCACCUACUCCACCCGCUUCUACCAUACUGAGGAUUCCCGACAUCCGAUUGCUGCUACUGAAGCUGACGGCAGAGGCUGUCCGGCUUUUGCCAAGUACUGAGCGGCGUGGUGGCGAUGUCUUAGCAGAGCGAGCCGUGAUGGAGGGAGCUUUGUUGGCUAGCAACCUACUCCACUUUAUUGGAAAAGCUGAGGCUUGGGAGGACCCCCCUCAUCCAGGAUUAGCAGAUUUUGCGCGGAAACUCAUAAAGAUGCAGACUGUACAAGCCUGCGGCCGCCAACUAGCUGCUGUGGCGAGCACUCUCCUUGAGGCACGCGCCCCGGACAAUGCGCAACAAGGGAUAGACACAUCGCUUGGCCAGAUAUUGUUGUUCUCCCUGGGGUUGCUAAAUGGCCUUGUGUGUACCAUCAGCCACGUAACGCUAUGGGAGAUAAAGUCUAAAGUGCAGCCCCAGUACCGUGACAUGCUCGCGGAUGCCCUCGCGGGCAGCCGUGCCUUGGAGCAUGGGGCGCGCGCGCUGCUACUUUACCUUUCUUCCUCGGCUUUGGCAGAUCACAAGACCAUGCAGGCGGCAGAACAGGCGUCUUACCACCUCCUAGCUGCAAUCUACUUCGGAUGCGACUGCAAUCUCUCCCCGCUGGACCACUAUUCGCAGCACGCCGCCCUGGCGCUCGGCGUGGCGCUGCUGUGUGCAGGUGAUGCCGGCCCCACAUACGGCCUGCCACCCGACCUGCUGCAGCGGCUGGCCUUCCUCUCCGAGGGGUCCCGCAGCGCAGACCCCGCGUCACCCACCACACCAGCUGGGGGCCGCAUGGAGCAGCACAUAGGCCCGGUGGUUUUCAACGCCAUGACGGCUGCGCUACAUUGUCGGCUGGGUAAGCCAGCCCACCGUAAGUCAAGCCAGGCGUUGUCGCUACGACUCCUACGCUUAAUGGUGCGAUUGGGCAAGCUGGGUGGUGGAGCGCCUGUUGUCGAGUUUGCGCCCAAGGCUGCGGCUGCACACCCUGCCAGCACUGAUGAGGCAGCCGGUACUGCCGUACAGCCGGCACCGGCGGCCGCCCAUGCUGCGACGCCAACUCAUAUUCUUGUGGUGGAUCAAACGCACGUUGCGGAGGUGGCAGUUGAGGCAUUGCAGCUUGUCCGACGGACAACAUUUGAGGAAGGUCAAGUGCAGGAGGGCGAGGGAGAUGUAGUGGCGGAGUGGUGGCGGCUGGCGAUGGAGGUGGCAGCGCAUAUCGUGGAGCACGGUGAUCGCUCCAACCGUCAGGACCUGGCUCGUGAGCUUAGAGAAGCGCUGAAGCCGCCGGCCGGACACGGCCAGGAGGCAGUAAGCUGGUCGCCUCCGGCCGCACCCCCGCCACCGCUGGCCUGUGCGGUCGCAGUGGGCCUGCUGCCUUGGUGGGAGCGUGUGCUGCGGCGCUCCAAACCAGAUAACCCCGAGAGCAAUUUUCUUCAUUCGAUCUUUGCAUAUAUGGAUAAGGACAACGAUGCCCGGCUCUGGCUGGGCCUUCUCCUGCACUCCGACCCGCGCCAGGCGGCAGCUUGGGUGGUCACAAUCGCCAAGCUGCUGCGCGGGUUUGAAGGCAAGGACACCUGUGCCAGCGCCCUUGCGAUGCACCUCAUCCCAUUCAUUCUCAAUCACAUGGAGGAGGUUGCUUCGGGGCCGCUGGCUGAAACCCUGAUCCUGGAGUACGGCUCAGCUGCGGCCGACGGUCAGCAGAGGGGAGGGCUCCAGCACCUGGGCCGGCUGAUGUCGUUUGCGGUUUGCCAGUGGCUGCCUGCCGUUGUGCCUCUGUUUCAGCAAGUGGCAAUGGCGAGAAUGCUUGGCUUGCUAGACAAGCGCGGGCAUGCUUUCUACAGCGCCUGGGACUAUUAUAUCACACCACUGUCACGCUGGGUAUCAGAUCUGGCGCUGCUUUGCAACGGCCGCCACAGCACAAGCAGCAGCACCAUCGCCAAGGAGGCUGAGGGCAACGAAGUCCGCCCUGCCUCAGCUGCCUGCAGCAGCAGCCGCAGCGGCUGGGGUUCCUUCCUGCUAGGCGAGGUGGCGGUGGUGCCGCUGCUGGGCAACCUGCUGCACCUCUCCCGCGACGUGGCGCCGAGCAAGGGGCCGGAGCUGGCUGAGCUGCUGGACUGCUGCGGCGUGGUGGCGAGUGCCUUCCCGCAGGAGGUGCGGGCGGCGGUGCGGGAAGCCAGCAAGGCGACCCUUGCGGCACCGGCGUACUCCUGGCCGCCUGGGCUGGUGCGAGGCAUGGCGCAGAAGCUGCGGGAGAGCGGGCGUGAGAAGGCGGCCGAUGACGCUGUUGCCCUGGCUGCGCGGCUGGAGGCCUGGGGCAGCAGCCGCAGCGGGGUUUACCUGGACUUCGCUUGGGUGCCGGAGCGGCUGCGGCUGCGGGCCAGCGAGCGGGGCAUGUCGGUGCCGGAUGUGUUGGACGUCAUGCGUCGUUGCCUGGUGCCGCCGGCGGAGGCGUGCAGCCUGCUGCGCACGUGCAGCAACCCGCGCUGCGCCAACCUGGCGGGGGCGAGCGAGGUGGAGCUGCCGCUGCAGGCGUGCGGGCGGUGUGGAGGGGCGUGGUACUGCCGCCGGGAGUGUCAGGUGGCGCACUGGAAGGCGGGGCACAAGGAGGCGUGUGUGAGGAGGC